AUGAUUUCCCUACAGCCCAACGUUUCGGUGGCAAUCGCCGUCGGCGACACGUCGCCAGACGUGUUCGCCAAGCCUGCCACUCAAACUCACCGCCCCAAAGCCGCGGUACCUCCGGUGCCUUCAGCUCUGUUCACGCCCAAAAUCCACCCAAGGGUGGCGGAGGUUACUGCAGAGGUGGAUGCGUACUUCCUGAAGCACUGGCCAUUCGAAAAUGACAAGGCGAGGAAGAAGUUCGUGGCUGCGGGCUUCUCCGCUGUCACUUGCCUGUACUUCCCAGAGGCUUUGGACGGUAGGAUAGCUUUUGCUUGUCGGCUGCUUGCAUUACUAUUCUUAAUUGAUGACCUCCUUGAGGACAUGUCGCUCGAGGAUGGAUCAGCCUACAACGAACGGUUGAUCCUGCUCUCCAGAGGAAAUCAUGCGCCUGAUCGCAGCAUACCAGUGGAGUGGAUCACGUACGAUCUGUGGAACGAAAUGCGCAACUGCGAUAAAGUGCUUGCGGACGAAAUAUUAGAACCCGUCUUCACUUUCAUGCGGGCACAGACCGACAAGAGUCGUCUCGAGAUCGCGGAGCUCGGGGAGUACUUUAAGUAUCGCGAGAGGGACGUUGGAAAGGCGCUCUUGUCAGCUCUAAUGCGCUUCGCCAUGAACUUGCACGUCAGCCCCGAGGAACUUGAAAGCAUCAAAGAAAUCGAGAUGAAUUGCUCCAAACACAUUUCCGUCGUGAAUGACAUCUACAGCUGGGAAAAGGAAUUGAAGGCCUCCCAGACGGGCCACAAGGAGGGUUCGGCGCUAUGUUCCUCUGUUUCGGUUCUGUCUGCAGAAGCAAACCUGGAAUACUCGGCGUCGAAGCGUGUUCUGUGGGUUAUGUGCCGAGAAUGGGAGUUCGUGCAUGAAGAACUUGUUGCAAGGAGACUGUCGUCUUCUGAGCCAUGCAGCGCUAAUUUGAGCGCAUUCAUGAAGGGGUUGGAAUAUCAAAUGAGUGGUAAUGAGGCAUGGAGCGAGACUACCCCACGCUAUCACUCGGUUUAG